GGCGGAGGGUGGCGGGGGUCAGCGGAGCGGGCAGCUCUCCAAACCGCGGCCCCUCGCAGGUGCCGUUGCACUCCGGAACAGCGCCGGGUGUCCCUCGGUAACUUCAUCGUUCGCCGCUCAGGAGCGGAGCCGUGCGGCUCCCCACUCGGGAGGAGACAAGAACAGGAGAAAGGAAGAGUCUGAAUAUAGCUCCAGACGAUGGCGGCAUGCUGGAAAAGAAUCCUCAUCAUUUUUGUAGCAGCUCAAGUACUCGUUAUGGUAAAUGCCUUCGAGGAAGAGGAUGUACCUGAAGAAUGGGUCCUUCUCCAUGUUGUUCAAGGUCAGAUUGGAGCAGGCAACUACAGCUAUUUGAGACUAAAUCACGAGGGAAAGAUUGUACUUCAGAUGCGGAGUUUAAAAGGUGAUGCAGACUUGUACGUAUCUGACAUGACACUUCACCCCAGCUUUGACGAGUAUGAGUUACAGUCUGUAACCUGUGGCCAGGAUGUCGUCCACAUACCGGCGCACUUCCGCCGCCCAGUGGGAAUAGGGAUUUAUGGCCACCCCUCUCACUUGGAGAGCGAGUUUGAAAUGAAAGUGUACUAUGAUCGGACAGUUGUACAGUACCCAUUUGGUGAAGCUUCUUACAACCCUGAAGAGAUGGAGGCCAACCAGAAAUACUCGCAGUCUACAGAAGAUGAGUCUCAGGAUGAGGAGUCUGUUUUCUGGACUAUACUGAUUGGAAUCUUGAAAUUAAUACUUGAAAUCCUUUUUUAAAUUGACGCACACUGGGCUAAGUCACAUUUCAGCCUGUGAAAUCGAACACGAAUGACUUGCUGUGAUAUUUAAUACACUUUGUUAUGGUUCCUGAAGACGUAUUCAGGUUACUUUUCCUAAACCAUAAAGGAAGUAGGGGAAAAAGCCAUAUUUAAUUUUAUAUUGUAAAUCCUCCCCUAUACAUAAAAUGAGCAGCAAGCACAGUAUUUGCAGUGUUCUUCAGAGAUCAGGGCUUAAAAAUGAAUGUACAGUUGGGAUCUUGUUAAAUUAACUUUAAACAGGUGCUUAGAAAAAUCAAUUCUGAUUCAGUAUUUUCUAUUGUUUUUUUAUAAAGAAAAGUGAAAUUAAGUGCUGCACUUCAGGGCCACUCUCAAUCUACCAUGUGGUUAAAAAUCUUUUCUGAGCAAGGAUCUCCAGUAUAAUUAGCAGUGAGGCUUGAGUGUAUUGAAGCUGAGGAUGAAAGAAGGAAAAACCUCUCAAUCGUCUGGGGGGGAUAGAUGAUCUAUAUUUUGCCUGCUUGUGCUCUGCAUCAUGCCAAGCAGAGAUCUGUCCGGUCACUCAUCACCUCUGCAAAGCCACCAUCCAAACUGAGUGCAUGUCACUUCUCUGCUGUCACUGUCAGCUGUUGUUACUUGUCAGUAGGGUGGUUUUGUUCCUCAUUAAAAGCAAUGCACUAUAA